GAAUGAAUGUUUCUUGAUUUGUGUCUGUCACUCGUCUUCCUCGUAAACUGUUGAGGUUUAAAGCCUGUAGCCUUCUGUCUCUCUUGCUACAACCAAAACCUUGCAACUCUGAACCAUUUCAUUCUCUCUCUCUCUCUCUCUCUCCCUCACUGUAAUUCAAAUGGGAGGAACACAAAACAGUAGCAGCAGGUCUUGGGAGGAAGACAUUUACUGGACCCAUUUCCAAUUCAUCCGUUUCACCCAAUUUCUUCAACCCACCCAUUUGGAACAACAACUUGCACUUCCUAAAACAUUUUCAGACAAUUUAAAGAACAAGUUGCCAGCAAAUGUGACCCUUAAAGGUCCUAGUGGAGUUGUGUGGGAUAUAGGGCUGACAACUAGAGAUGAUACAAUUUACUCCACGGAUGGUUGGCAACAAUUCGUGAAAGAUCACUCUUUGAAACAGAAUGAUUUCCUUGUCUUCAAGUACAAUGGUGAAUCACUGUUUGAGGUUUUAAUCUUUCAUGGAGAAAGCUUCUGCGAGAAAGCAGCUUCUUAUUUUAUUCUUGAACGUGGACAAGCUCAUACUGGACAAAGGGGUCGCAAGGCAAAGGACACAAACACUUCUGUUGAAGAAGUCAAUACUCCUUCUAAUGGCAGUGUUGAAUGCGGUUUGCCUGAAAAAUCAUGGGAGGAAGACAUUUACUGGACCCAUUUCCAAUUCAUCCAUUUCACCCAAUUUCUUCGCGCCGAUUUUGAACAGCAACUUGCACUUCCUAAAACAUUCUCAGACAAUUUAAAGAAGAAGUUGCCAGAAAAUGUGACCCUUAAAGGUCCUAGUGGAGUUGUGUGGAAUAUAGGGCUGACAACUAGAGAUGAUAUUGUUUACUUUGUGGACGGUUGGAAACGAUUCAUUAAAGAUCACUCUUUGAAACAGAAUGAUUUCCUUGUCUUUAAGUACAACGGUAAAUCACUCUUUGAGGUUUUAAUCUUUGAUGGAGAUAGUUUCUGUGAGAAGGCAGCUUCUUAUUUUGUUGGAAAAUGUGGGAAUGCUCAAAUCGAACAAGGGGGUAGAAAGGCAAAAGACACAAAUAAAUCUGUUUCCCCUGAGCAGUUCUUGGCUGAUGCGGUUCCCUCCCAAACAAACGGCAAAAGGACCAAGAAGAGGCCUGUUAAUGAAGUUACGCCUCUCCAGACUAAGCGAGGAAGACGACCAAAAGCAGAGGCAGCACUGUCAAAGUUAUCAUCAUCGCAUGCUGAGAAAAAGAUAGCCGAAUCAUUUACCUCCUCUUUUCCUUAUUUUGUUAAAAUGAUCAAAACGUUCAAUGUCGAUGGUCCACGUAUUCUGAAUGUACCCCACCAAUUCUCAAAGGCACAUCUUCCAAACCGCAAGAUAAAGAUUAUUCUUCAUAAUUUGAAGGGAGAACAAUGGACUGUUAAUUCUGUUCCAACAACUAGAGUGAAUACAGAUCACACUCUAUGUGGAGGAUGGGUGAAUUUUGUUCGUGGCAACAACAUAAAAGUUGGAGAUGUCUGCAUUUUCGAACUUAUACACGAGUGUGAAUUACGUGUUCGCGUCGCUGAAGUUGGAAAAGAUGAUUCUAGGUUGGAAAACUAGCUUUUAGUAUGCUUAGUGCAAAGACAUGAUGUCCCUUGCCAUGACACUUCUAGUAUGGCAAAAGUCAGCUCAAAGUGCAGAAACAAAGUUGAUUAUUGUGUUUAGUACUGCUGAUGUAGAAAUUGUAUUGGGUGGUAGUUAUUUUUAAUUUAGUAACUGAUGUUCAGUUUACAAAUAUGUUAUUUUUGGUAGUUAUUAGCAGUUAUUGUUUUUAUGAACCAAUUGUUGUCUUUGUUGAGUUGUUUUUCAGAUGGCAUGUAUGUACUGUAACUUUUAUAAUCUUCAUUAACAUUGUUUUUUUCCA